AUGACGGCAUUGGAGAACAUGGCUGCUGCUAUGCAGGGCACUACAGAGGCUCUUGGGCAACAGAUGAACAACAAUGGCAAUGACGGAGGUGGAACUCAGGGCCUGAUGACAUUGGCAACCUUCUUGAAGGCUAUGGAGCGAGCAUUGCUAGCGCAGGUGGUACUUGAAGGGCAGUGUGUUGAGUUUGCUACCUAUUUGCUCACUGGGAAAGCAUCGCAUUGGUGGCAGGGAGUCCGACGUCUCCUGCAGCAGGGUGAUAACUAUAUCACCUGGGAUACCUUCCAGGAAGAAUUCUAUAAGAAGUACUUUCCAACUUCUGCCAGGACGGCCAAGGAACUUGAGUUACUACAGCUGAAGCAGGGUGCUAUGUCCAUAUCUGAGUAUAGAAACAAGUUUGAGGAGCUGUUCAGGGUUGCUGAAGAGUAUAUGAAGAAGGCAGCUGUAGAGAGAGGAAGCCAUAGGGGAUUAUUCCCACAGAACCGAGGGAAGAGCUUUGCUCCUAGAGAUCCACCUUUCAAGCGGGGAGGCUCUUUCAAGAAGGCCAACAACAACAACUCCCUGGAGAGGAGAUUUGGGAAGUAG